UCAUAAUAAUUACUACUAGAUUUUUGAUGCCCUCCAUUGAACCUUACUCUUAAUAAUAUUUCUAAACGACACGCUGUCGUAUUGUGAGUAUGACCAGGCAGGGGUCAUACCUGCGACUGGGAACGUGCGGACGGACGGAAUGAGAAGGCAAUCGUCAGUGACCCCACGCUUAGGGUGACAUCAACAGCGCAACCACCGAUCUGCGGGAAGCACAAUAUUCUACAUCGAGUCAUAUCAUUGGCGAUUCUGCGCAUUAACAACAACGGUUACUUUCCCAGAUCCUCCAAUCGAUUUGCAUUCUCGAACUUAAAUCGGAAGGGAACGGAGGAGAAAAAUCUUUUGUCAGACCAUCCACUCAGCCGCCGUAAGCUAUCCGUACGAGUACUGGUACCGGUACUACAGUACUAACGUAACGGUACUACGGUAUCUGCUUCUUUACUCGUACAUCAUUUGUCGUCAUCGGAACCCAAAAGUCUUUUUCCGGCUUUUUCUACCUCUACAUGAGGACAACUAUUGGAUCCAUAACUUUUCAGAUCUCUUUUAAGAACCUAUAACAUCCUACAAUGAAGUUCACCGCCUUUGCCGCUCUUGCUCUUGCCUCCUCGACCGAGGCCUUCUCCCCCGUCACUCGCUCGAAUGGUGCCUCCGCUACCGCCCUCGAGGCCGUCCGCCAACCCAUCAUGGCCGGAAACUGGAAGAUGAACCCCGCCACCGAGGACGAUGCCAUUUCUUUGUCAACCGGUCUGACCAAAUUGUUGGGCGAUGAGACCUGCCCCUUGGACGACGAAAAUCCUCUCUGUACCGAGGUCGUUCUCUUCCCUCCCUUCCCCUUCAUCUCCAAGGUCAAGGAUGCCGUCGAAGAAGUCGGAAUCACCGUCGGAGCCCAAUCCAUCUUCUUCGAAGACAAGGGUGCCUUCACCGGAAGUGUUUCCGCUUCCAUGGUUGACUCCAUCGGAUGCGAAUACGUCCUUUGCGGUCACUCCGAACGCCGAACAAUUUUCAGCGAUGACGACGACGCCAUCAACCGCAAGGUCCUCAAGGUUCUCACUUCCGGAAUGAAGCCCAUCUUGUGCAUCGGAGAGACCAAGAACGAAUACGACUUGAACAUCAAGAACGAGGUCUGCGCCAUGCAGCUCUCCCGGGAUCUGGCCGGAGUCACCAAGGAACAAAUGGCCGAUGUCGUCAUUGCCUACGAACCCGUUUGGGCCAUUGGAACCGGUUUGGUUUGCGGAUCCCAAGAAGCCAGUAAGUCAGAUUCCUCGGAAGAUUCGACUGUGGUCGUCGCUUAUCGAGUAACCAAGAGUCAUACACGCGCAUGUUUUUCAACAGUUUGGCGUUCUAUAUUGCAACAACCAACAAAUUUCUGACACCUUUUCCCCUUUUUCUUGAAUUUCAAUAUUUGUUUGACCUUUGACAAUUUUGUACCGGGAACCAUUACUCUGAACGAAACAAAGACGACACCCAUGCCUUCGUCCGAACCAUCUUGGCCCGCAUGUACGACGACGAAGUCGCACAGGCCACCCGAAUCCAAUACGGUGGAUCCGUGACACCGGACAGUGUUGAUGAACUCAUGGCCAUGCCCGAGAUCGACGGAUGCCUUGUCGGAGGUGCCUCCCUCGAUGCCGAAAAGUUCGGACGCAUCGUCAACUUCGAGAGCAAAUAAAUUUUUGGAUCGUUUUGAAAGCACUUCUUCCAUGGGCGUUCCUCCGCGAAGAAAGUCUCACAGCGAAUGAUUAAUGUAAUAAUAAAAAUAAAUUUGA